GAAGGCCGCGUUGACUCACCACCCAGCUGCCAUGUCAAAUGGGAAUAUGAACACCAUGGGACACAUGAUGGAAAUGAUGGGCUCCCGGCAGGACCAGACGCCACACCACCACAUGCACUCACACCCACAUCAGCACCAGACACUGCCAGCCCAUCACCCAUACCCACACCAGCACCAGCACCCAGCACACCAUCCUCACCCUCAACCCCACCACCAGCAGAACCACCCACAUCAUCACUCCCACUCCCACCUUCAUGCACACCCUGCACAUCACCAGACCUCGCCACACCCACCCCUGCACUCCGGCAACCAAGCGCAGGUCUCACCAGCGACACAACAGAUGCAGCCAACCCAGACAGUACAACCGCCCCAGCCCACAGGGGGGCGCCGGCGAAGGGUGGUGGACGAGGAUCCCGACGAGAGGCGGCGGAAAUUUCUGGAACGGAACAGGGCGGCUGCCACCCGCUGCAGACAGAAGAGGAAGGUCUGGGUGAUGUCACUGGAAAAGAAAGCAGAAGAACUCACCCAGACAAACAUGCAGCUUCAGGUGCAGGCCGCUGUCUCUUUCCUCGGGACUCAAAGGCCCUGUGUAUGGUUGGCAUUUCCUGCCCCCGGCAGGCGCUUGUUCACCUAAACAGUAAUACCACAGAGC